AUGGGAUCGCAAGUAAAAUAGAAGACGGAAUUACUUGAACGGAGCUGUACAACCAAUCCCUUGUCAUCUUUGCCAAAAAAGGAAUCUUUGCAAGGGUGGGCUGCUCUGACCUCCUUGAAGCCCAGAAAAUAUAAAAUCUUCAAGCUUUCGCACAGACCCGUCUCGAUCUCUCUCUUCCCAUUCCCUGUUGCCUAAUAGUUCCUUGAACUACUCGAUACCAGGAAAUUCUUCUGUGUCUUUUCCUUAAAGCGUUGGUGAAUGGAGAAGAAGAGGGACGGAGGAGAUCAGAUGGGUAUGUUUUUUGAUGGGGUUGUAGAGGCCAUGCCAGUGUUUGCCAAGGAACUGGUUGCUGGGGGAGUUGCUGGUGGGAUUGCAAAGACGGUGGUUGCACCCCUCGAGCGUAUCAAGAUUUUGUUUCAGACCAGACGAGCAGAAUUCCAGAGCAUAGGGCUGUUUGGUUCCUUUCAAAAAAUUGCAAGGACAGAAGGGGUUAUGGGUUUCUACAGAGGGAAUGGCGCUAGUGUUGCUCGAAUUAUUCCCUAUGCAGCACUGCAUUACAUGGCUUACGAACAAUAUCGCAGAUGGAUAAUACUCACUUUUCCUGACAUGGGGAGAGGACCUGUGCUCGAUCUUGUGGCAGGAUCAUUUGCUGGAGGAACCGCUGUGCUUUUUACCCAUCCUCUUGAUUUAGUUCGGACUAAAUUGGCUUAUCAGAUUGUUGGUUCGGCAAAGUUGAAUGCAAAAGCAGUACUUCAAAAUGAAAACAUUUAUAAAGGAAUUAUUGAUUGUUUCUCGAUGACUUAUAAGGAGGCAGGGAUUAGAGGUCUCUACCGUGGUGUGGCCCCAUCACUAUAUGGAAUCUUCCCAUAUGCUGGUUUGAAGUUUUAUAUCUACGAGGACAUGAAACGUCAUGUCCCUGCGGAGCACAAGAAUAGUAUUGUGGUGAAACUUGUAUGUGGAUCGGUUGCUGGCUUAUUGGGUCAGACCUUCACAUACCCUCUAGAUGUUGUCCGGAGGCAAAUGCAGGUUCAACGGCACUUGCCAUCUAACAGUGCUGAGAUAAAAGGAACAAUAGAAACUCUUGUAAUGAUUGCUCAAAAGCAAGGAUGGAAGCAGUUAUUUUCUGGGCUGAGCAUCAACUACUUGAAGGUUGUACCAUCUGUUGCAAUUGGGUUUACUGUUUAUGAUCUUAUGAAAUCCUACCUGAGAGUUCCAUCACGAGAUGAAGCUGUUAUUGAGGUGGUAUCCAACGGAAGAACUAGCCAACCAUCAUCACUUCCUUCUUGAUAAAAACUCUUUACUAACAUUUAUCUUCUAGCGGCCUUCUUACAAGAGUCUUCAGGAGCUUCAUAGGCCAUUUUUUUCAUAUGCAUAUUCCAUUCUUUUGAGUUGUAUGAUACCAAAUAAUGCCCAUUACAUCCAUCAAAGUAGACCUCCUUCAAGGUCUAAUUUCACAGUUUAGGAGUGAGAUGAUCCUUAACUUGGUGAACAUCAUUCAUCAGGUAUUCAGACUACCUCAGGCAUUGUUUCCAUAUAGUCGUGAUGUAUUUCUCUGACAGGGAUCACCCCAAAAUGUACAUACCAGUGGAAGAUCAAUAACAAAUCUCUCUGCUGCGGUGACACAAGUGAAUAAUGAUAAUAUCACAGAAUAGUUUAGUCCUUCA